AAGCUAUCACAUGACAAAGCCUAGUUCAUUAUAAACAUGGCAUUUAAAUUACUUUGAACACAACGAGUUUGACCAAGGAGCUGUCAAGAAGCAAGAUGGAUUGUAAAGGCUUUAUUGCCUUUACACUUUUGGUGAUCACAGCUAAUGUUGUGGCUGAUAACCCAUGCCAACCUAAUCAACUUCACAUAGCUUAUGGUGAUGACUUAUCAAAAAUGAUUAUUUCCUGGAGCACUGUGAAUGACACAGACAGCAUUGUCAAAUAUGGGUUGACUGUUGACAGCUUGACUUUGAUUCAAAAAGGCAACGAGUCCAUGUUUGUAGAUGGAGGAAAUGAAAAGCGCACACAGUACAUUCACCGUGUAGAUCUGGUGGAUUUGAAACCAAAUACAACUUAUUUUUACAUGGCUGGAGGUCCAUCUGGAUGGUCAGCUACUUACCAUUUUAAAACAAUGCCUGAGGGUGAAGAUUGGAGCCCUAGUUUAGCUGUUUUUGGAGAUUUGGGAAGUGAAAAUGCUCAAUCUCUUCCACGCCUUAAAUCAGAUAGUGCUAUGGGCAUGUAUGAUGCAAUCUUACAUGUUGGUGAUUUUGCAUAUGAUCUUGCCAGUAACAAUGGUAGGACAGGUGAUGAAUUUAUGGAACAGAUUGAGCCUAUUGCAUCUAGCAUUCCUUAUAUGACAUGUGUGGGCAACCAUGAAAAUGCCUACAACUUCUCCAACUAUAGAUACAUCUUCAAUAUGCCCACUGACAACAAGAAAAUGUAUUACAGCUUUAACAUGGGACCUGUUCAUUUUAUUUCUAUUUCUACUGAAUUUUUUUACUUCCCUUACUAUGGUGUUCAACAACUUUAUGACCAAUAUGAUUGGGUUAAGCAAGACCUCAUAGAAGCAAAUAAACCAGAGAAUAGACUGAAGCGCCCUUGGAUUAUCACCUUUGGCCACAGACCUAUGUACUGCUCCAACAAUGACAAUGAUGACUGCACUAAUCAUGAAAGUUUGGUUCGUGUUGGAAUUCCUUCUUUAAAAGUCAAAGGGUUUGAAGAUCUGUUCCAUGACAUGGGUGUUGAUGUGGCUAUUUGGGCUCAUGAGCAUUCAUACGAGCGUUUAUGGCCUCUUUACAAUAUGAAGGUGAUGAAUGGCAGUUAUGAUCAUCCUUACACUAACCCAGGAGGCAUCACUCACAUUAUUACUGGUUCAGCUGGCUGUAGUGAACGCCUUGAAUAUUUCAUGAAGGACCCUCCAGAGUGGUCUGCUGUUCGUGUUAGUGACUAUGGCUUUUUGCGCAUGAAUGUCUUCAACAAAACCCAUAUACUUUUUGAACAAGUGUCUGAUGACCAGAAUGGCAGAGUAAUUGACAGCUUCACUCUGAUUAGAGACAGGCAUGACUCGUACAACAAAAUGAACAGGCUUUAAACAUUCCUUUUAUGUUCUAUUUAUCUUUAGAUACACAUUUUUUUUCAUUUAUUGAGUGACAAUUUGAAAUGCAUUUAUAUUUUUGUAUUGAAACUGCAUUUGAUAUUUCUUCAUGUCUUUAGGUUUAAAUAGUAGUAGUAUUGAAUACAAUGUCUUUCAGUAACUUGUAAAUAUAUUUUUAGAUACAUUUUAUGACAUUUUUAAAGUUGUUUUUUUUAAAUCUACCAAGUCAAUGCCAAAAUAAUAAAAGUCAUAAAUUAUUUAA